CACUGUUUUUAUGAAACAUACUCGGGAAUGAAGUUUUCACUAAUGUUUCUUCUCUUCUCCUGUCUCCUUCUUGUUCCUUUGAACAUAACCAUUGUGGAAUUCAUACAUACCCAACCAUGGGUUGUUGUUAAAAUAGACCAUGUGCAUGUGCCCCCCGUCACCUCUCAUUUGCUGUACUUCAUCUUUCCCCCCAUACCUCCUGCCAGUCCCUGAAGUGGACUUGCUGUCAGACAUUUCAGAGGAAGACCCUUUUGGGGAGGCUGAUCAGACCACACUAGAUAGCUUUGAGCUACUUUCCAUGGGUGGACCAUCAGAGCAGGGUGACCGUGAGGUGGCCACAUCAGAUCCUGUCUUAGAUCCUGUUGUAGCCCCUCCUCAACCUGAUGGUCCUUUCAUGCAUGAGAAGACUCUCAAAUCGGCUGUCCCUAAGGAUGCUGAACUGGGUUACUUUUCCUUUACCUUUCACAAAUGCUUCCCAUCCCUUCUUGAUGAAGAUGGGUACCUGGCCUUUCCCAGCCUCCCCAAGCUCUGGGUUUCUUUCCUCCCUGCUGAUGUCCAGCAUCACGUCCCCAUCACAUCGCCUUCCUUCAUCCCUUCACUCAUCCUCAGCUUCGGGCUGCUGCUCUCCGCUUCUCAGUCAGUUGCCUUUUCUCUUACCUUUUCCCUUCCUCUGGCACUAGCCCUCUGCUAUCUGGAGGGGAAGGCCACUGCACUUCGUGUUUUUUAUGACUGUGAUUUGAAUGGCAAGCCAGAGGAAGAAGAAGCAGUGACCACCAUGUCUCCAUAAGCUAGUGUCUGAAGGCUACCCAGCUAUUCUUGUUACAUCCCCUUUCUAAUAUAGAGUCUAAACAUGUGCAUCGAUUUUUACUGACUACCCUCAAGAAAGUAUGUACACGUUUACACACACACGUGCAUGAGCAAUAAGUUAAGAUACUUCUCUGCAUUGCUAUCUGAAGUCCAGGUCUAUACACAUUCUAAAUUCAGAGCAAACUGGUAAAAUCAUUGUAUAAAUAUCUUAGAUCAUGCUAGGUUGUUAAAGGAGUGUCUGAGCUGGGAAUCUGUAAGGUCCUUAAGCAUUCAUAUUGGCUAUGUUUUGAAGAUACGUAUCAGUAUUGUUUCUUAAGCAUGUG